AUGGCUAAGAGCAUGUCAUGUAAGAUAAUCUGUGAUGGAUUUGUUAUCCUGCUACUUCUUGUUUGCUGUUUUGCCGUCUUUGUUUUGCAUUCGUUGUACUUCAUCUUCCGUUACACGGACAACUCCUAUAAGGAAGAGGUUAAGCUAGUCAAUGUUGAUCAGCUUUAUGUUCCGGCUAUUGUCAUUUGCAAUCGGAUGCCAUUUUCUCAAGAUGGAAUCAAUUCAAUAAACUCGAACAUUCGUCAGGAUCAAAGCAUACGAUAUCUGAGAGAAUGGACAAAUCCUUCAUUACGAGAAGAAGCUGACUACUUUCCAGCCGCAAAUUCGUUUAUGGAACAAGGAAAUAACAUUCUGCUACAGUACUUAAGCAACACGAAUAGGAAUGAAACUAUCAAUAGAAUGGAAUAUCAAUGUCAAAGUGUCAUUAGUUCCUGUAGUUAUCAGGGAGUUGAACUGUCUAGCUAUGAUUGUUGCCGAUAUGUAACUUAUCGAUUCCCUUCCACAAAUGGUAUGUGCUGGGUAUGGCAUGAUGCAGAGAUGUGGCAAAACGGAUCUUCCGUACAUAGACAGUUCCAUAUGCUGUUCCAGAUAUCAAGAAACUCAUGGUAUUCCAAUACUUUCAUGCCGACCCAUCCUGGCAUCGACAUAUUCUUGGCGGAAAAUGGUUCGGAUAUCAUUAAGAUGGCAGCCGAGCUUCAAAACCCAAUUCGGUUGUUUGAUAAGAGGGGAGCUCGUUUACGGAUGCAAAAAGAAAAACGAGCGAUGACUAGAAGAUUGGAAUGUGGACAAGCUAUUGGAGAUGCUGAAUCAGCUGAUCGUAGGGCCUCAUCUAAGAAUGAAACUAAUUUAUUACUCUGCAACAUAAUGGUUGCUACUCGUUUCUGCCAAUGUCAUCCAUUGUUAGCAGAGCUGUUACCAUAUGAUUCUAACAAGUACAGAGAUUUCUCAAUCCUCAUCGGCACCACAAACGUUUGUACAGUAUCUCAAUAUGAUAAUUGUAUUCGAAGAUAUGUUGAUAUGUCACGACCAUCUAAUUAUGAAUUGAAAAUGCCUCGUGAAAUACCUGGAUAUGACCAAUUGGAAAAAUGCCAAAAACAAAACCUGCGUACAUGCUUAAGAAAUUUAUAUCCAGGAACAUUAGAUGAGUACGAUCUUCCGUCUGAGUAUCGAAAUACUCAGGAUUUUGUGGCUCGAUUAACACUCGAAUACACUUCCAUGGAUAUUCGAGAAGUUUUGGAUUCAAAAGAUCCUAAUUUAUAUGAAAUGCUCAGUUUCAUUGGAUAUAAUUUGGCUUUGUGGUUUACGAUCGGCUAUAUAUUAUGGCUACUAUUCGCUGCUGCAUCUGGAUUGUGUUGCACAGGCGGUAGAAGUCGAAAGGUUGCCCCAACUCGUGUUCCAGCGGUCGAAGCUCCUAUUCAAGCAGAGACGGAAGAAGUUGUCGAAGUUAACGACGGCGAAAUAUGA